GAGCGGCGCGAGGGGCGGAGCCGUGGGCCGCCUCGCAAGAUGGCGGCGCCCCUGGACAUGGAUCCGCCAGCGAUCAGUCUGGAGCUGCUCCCCACCGACCCGCUGCUGCUCAUCCUCAGCUUCCUCGACUACCGGGAUCUGAUGAGUUGCUGCUAUUUAAGUCGAAGAUUAAAUCAGCUAUCAAGCCAUGAUCCAUUGUGGAAAAGACACUGCAAGAAAUACUGGCUUAUUUCAGAAGAGGAAAAAUGUCAACGAAAUCAGAGCUGGAAGGCCAUCUUCAUCAGUACCUACUCUGACCUGGGAAGAUACAUUCGAUACUAUGCUGCAUUGAAAAAAGCCUGGGAUGACCUAGAGAAAUACUUAGGACAGUGGUGUCCUCGGAUGAUUGGUUCUUUGAAAGAGAGCGUGCGGGAGGAAGAUCUAGAUGCUGUGGAAGCACAAAUAGGUUGCAAACUCCCUGAUGACUACCGAUGUUCGUUUCGUAUUCAUAAUGGACAGAAGCUAGUUGUUCCUGGUUUGAUGGGAAGCAUGGCACUAUCGAACCACUACCGCUCUGAAGACUUGUUGGAUAUCGACACAGCGGCUGGAGGCUUUCAGCAGAGGCUAGGUCUGAAGCAAUGCCUUCCUCUUACCUUUUGCAUUCAUACCGGCCUGAGUCAAUACAUGGCCCUGGAGAGUGUGGAGGGACGAAAUAAAUAUGAGAUCUUCUAUCAAUGUCCAGACCAAAUGGCUCGCAAUCCAUCUGCUAUUGAUAUGUUCAUUACAGGUACAUCUUACUUGGAAUGGUUUACAUCCUAUGUAAACAAAGUUGUAACUGGUGGUUAUCCUAUCAUCAGAGACCAGAUUUUCAGGUAUGUGCAUGAUAAAGAAUGCGUUGCUACCACGGGAGAUAUUACUGUUUCUGUGUCCACAUCUUUUCUACCUGAACUCAGUUCUGUCCAUCCACCGCAUUAUUUCUUCACUUACAGAAUCAGAAUUGAAAUGUCCAAAGAUGCUCUUCCUGAGAAGGCUUGUCAGCUGGACAGUCGAUACUGGAGAAUAACAAAUGCCAAAGGUGAUGUAGAAGAAGUUCAGGGUCCUGGAGUAGUUGGGGAGUUUCCAAUUAUCAGUCCAGGGAGAGUCUAUGAAUAUACCAGCUGUACUACGUUUUCCACAACAUCUGGAUAUAUGGAGGGGUAUUACACCUUCCAUUGCCUCUACUACAAGGACAAAUUCUUUAACGUCACAAUCCCCAGAUUUCAUAUGGUGUGUCCAACAUUCAAGGUGUCUACAGCACGAAUGGAAACAAAUCAUAAUGAAUAUGCAGUGGAUGAAGAUGAAGAUUCCACAGACACUGAUGAAUAUGAAGAUCGACGUAGAGUAUUGGACAUUCCUGCACCUUCUGGACGCUGCCCACGUCAUACCUGAUGAGAUUUUUUUUCAAAACAAAAUACUCUUUUCAGAAGCUGAACUCCUUGGGGCUAGUGCAUAAGAAUAUUUCUGACUAUUGUAAAUUAACUUUUUGCUGCACAUCAGGGCAACUAGCAUGAAUGUUGGUGCCAGUUCUAAUAUUCAUCAGAAUAUAACUUUUUUCUGGUUUGGAAGUGGGGUGGGGCUUGGUGUGGGGGAGGGAGAGGAAGAGAAAGGUGUUUGGGCUUUGUUCACUUUUUUCUGAAGUGCGAAACAGCUUGAUAGUCCGAGGUAAUCAUAUCUUACAUUUUUAAACUAUUGCCUAUUUAUGAUCAUAUUGCGAAUAUGGUGUGGGGAUUUGUUUUUAUACAAGCAUUUAAAAUUAGCAAUAGGCAAGGUGGUGAAAAAGUGUAUACUGGUGUCCUUUCUCCUGAGUUUCUACUCUUGAUAACUCCUGCUAAGAAUAAAACUUGCGAUUUGGUCUGCGUAUCCCAAUUGGGUGAGAUCAGGUGCUCUUAUGCUCUUUUUUUUUUAUUAACAUACAAGUACCAGAAAAUUCUGGUUGUCAGAUGCAUAACUUAGGAAUGAAACUGGCCUUAUUUUUGGACAAUCUGUCUUUCAGCUUAAUUUUAUGCUAAGUAACUCUGAUUGGAUAAUGCCUUUUGGAAUGUAGUGCAUAUGCAUAAUCUACUACUCAGUAACCAAGAAAUUUCUCAAUGACUACAAAGUAUGAAUCUGUAAAUAGUUUUUGAGGUUUUUUUCUUUAUAUGAUGUUUGCUGUUCAGACUUUGAACAAAUUUAUGUUGAAGUAUCAUCUUCUCCUGAAUCCUCUAUGGAUUUUUUGUAACUACGCCUGAAUAAAAAAAGAAAAAAAAAAAAAAAAGAGCCUGACAGAACACUAGAUGACUGGCAACUUUAUAUUUAAAGAACUAUCUGCUUUAUCACUUUGAUUUUGUUUCCGUUGUCAUUAAUAAACAACUUAACUGCCUCCUUUGCUCUGAAAUGCUACAUGGGACUCUUCUUGCCAAGACUUGAGCAAUAAUUAUGUGACCAGCAUCGCUGCAGUCAGUUCUUCUUUUGGAUGUCCAGAAUUAGUAGCUCCUCAGAAGAAAACCAGUGUAUUGUGGUUUCAACAGAAUGUUUGUUACUGAUGAGUUACUGCUCAUACAGAAAGAGUGUUUUUUGGUUUGGUGUGUUGUUUUUUUUUUUUUUUUUUACAAGUCAUAGUAUUAGAGUCUCCAUGUGCUCAUCUUUCUGUAGUGCCACGUAGCAUUUGGAUCUUCCACAGUGGUACAGGGUAGAAAAAACAAAUACUGAGUAUGACCCCUACAAAAGAGAAGCAAAAAGCUUUGUGUUGUCCCUCACAGAAGUCUGAAGAGCAGUGUGAACUGCUGGAGUGGUUUGAAAACAUUGCCUUUUUAGAAUUCCUCAGUGUUAACUGUGAGGGAAGAAUGUGAUGUUUGUGGUGUAAUGCUUUUUCUUCACUGCUGUAAUCCUGUUUUGUGUUUUUAAGGAGAGAUAACUCUUGGUUGGAGGCCUGUUUGGUGCUUCACCAGGAGCUGUAUAUUCUAGUUAAGUGAUACCAGCUGAAGGUUGUAAGGCUCAAUAGAAACACUCCCAACUCUUGGUGAUUUUACUCUUGGCAGGCCAUGGUUCUCCCUUGGUUGUGUGUAGAAGAAGCCAAGCUCGAGGACAGUGCUAUUUUUGUCAGCUCCUGAGCACUGGGCUGUGAGGGGUUGAGGCCUCUGAUCUAAGCACAGCCCGUGGUCACAGGACUCCUGCGAACCACGUGUGAACACAGUGAGAAGGUCAAGAGGCAGGGGGAAUGGUGUGUUGCCGUUGUUGCACUAAACCUCUGUGUGUUUGUAACAGGAAAAAGGUUAUGCUGUUGCUUCAGGCAGCUAUCUUAGCCCGUGGCACAUUGCCCAAAGCUACCAGAUGCAGUGUUGCUGCAAGCGUCCUAACUCUUCAUUAUGUGCAUCUGAAGCAGGGCUUACGCCAGUGGUUCUCACCCCACCCAAAACUGAAGUUUAUGCGAGAUGCUUAUGGAAAGUGAAGCAGCCAAGGCUAUUGAAGAAAACAAGGAGUCAGUUAUGUUUGCCAGCACUGCUGUGCUGUGAAAAUCUUCACUGAGAAAGCAGGGGAGAAUUGACUGUUGGGAUCCCUCUCGGAAGCCAGAGUGUCACCAGAGCUCACGCUGAUUCAGCGCAGGGGUGUUGGGCAGGUUGUACUGGUACCUGCCACUGUGGCGCACCCAACAGCUAAAUGCCUCCUGGGGUGGUUCCAAUCUGCAGGUUAUAACAUUUAUAUAUAUAUAUAAAAUAUAUAUAUAUAUAAUGUCCUUCCCUUUGGCCGUGGUCCUUCAGGUUCAACCUGAAGUUCUGUCAGCUUCUUCUGGCUCAGAUCCUGACUGAUAGGGAUGUUUGGUUAGGAUUUCUGUCAAGGAAACCUUGUUGAACACCUAUGAAUUCAGCAUCUGGUUAAAAACCUAGCACACCUCAUGCGGAGAUGUAAUUAAUCUAGUCCUUUUUUUAUCAGUGAAAAAGGCCUACACCGACAGUCUCUUUAAUUGCGCUGUAGGAUUCCUUCAGCAGCUUUUGUGGGCUUUUGCUGACUGGCUGUUGUAAUGGAGAGAACCUUUGGCUACCAGUUCCUUGCUGUGCCUGCAUCACAUGAAAGAAAAACAAGUGGUGUGCUACUCAGUGGGGGGGAGGAAAUCAUUGCUGUAAUAGUUAUUCCAGUACUGUGUUUUUUCUUUCCCCCAUCAUUGUUUAAAGUAAUUUCUUAUCAACUAUGUGAAGAAGUUGGAAGUACCAUUUAUCUGUGAAGAUACAGAUAACUGUAUCCUCUCUAGGAGGAACUGCUCCCAGUUCCUCAGAUUUCAAGAAGUGAAAACAGGUAAAUGUUCAGCUAUGGCUGAAGUUAAGUUCCUUGCUCCCAGUUACUCAUUGCAAAAUUUUCUAAAUGAAUUAAUAAAUUAAGGAUAUUUUUUUAAUAUCAAGUCUUAAUUGCAUGGAUUUUCAUUGAAUAAGUUGCAUGCAAUAGCACAUAUGCAUCUUACAUCCUUUUGCUUUUAUUUAUGACUUAAAGAGGUAAAAUCUUAAAGACAUUUAUAAGAUCGUAUGCUGAGCUGACUGAUAAUCAUCUUGGCUACUGUAACACACCAACAGACUCUGAUGUAGAAUCUGGGUGGUUUAGGGUUUUCUUCAGGUUUAAUGAAUAAAUUUGCAAUGGUGCUGUGGUAAGAAAAA